GCGAAGGCUACCUCCGAACUGCAAAAACCUAGGAAAUGCAGAUAAUUGUUUAUAAUUGUCUAACUUAAUCUACACACAAUGGCCCACAUAAGAAACACACCAAAUAUGCUAGCUGAUGUCCUCGCUCGCGGUCAUAUGUAGGUUUACCGGCUAUUAAUUUUUCGCACAGCAAAGAGCUCACUGUCACUAGAAUGAACUCAUCUGGACGGUCUGCCCAAUGGCACCGCAACCCUAUGAUUCGUAAACAGUGACACUCACUGGCGAAUGGCUGUGCCUUGUCGGAGUCCGCUGUCACAUUGGGAGGUAAUUCCGUGGACUGUGGAGCUUGAGCAGAAGCCAUGGCUAUCCUGAGCCUCGACCCAUCAUCUCCCCUGUGAUCUGACCUCUCACCCUCUCCCCCACCUCGCCUUCCUCCCGUCUUUUUCUGGGAGCGUUUGUCGUCCCUCCCCACGCCUCCGUCUCCCACUCCGGAGGCAGCGCCCCCUGUGAGGAGGAGGAGGAACUGCAGCAGCGGCAACAGCGAGCAGCAGCAUGGCUGGGGAGAAACAUGGCCGCCGGUCGCCCAUGGACAUCAAGCGGCUGGCGGGGCUGCUCCAGCGUGGGGCCGGGCGCCUGCUGGUCAUCGACAGCCGCACCUUCUCCGAGUACAACGCCUCGCACGUGCAGGGCGCCAUCAACGUCUGCUGUUCCAAGCUGGUCAAGCGGAGGCUGCAGCAGGACAAGGUGUCUGUCACCGAGCUGCUGCAGCCCAACGGCAAGGUCAAGGUGGAGCUGGGCAGGAAGCAGGAUGUGGUGGUCUAUGACCAGGGCACACGGGAGGCCAGUCAGCUCUCUAAGGAAGGCUUCGUCAACAUUCUGCUGAGCAAACUGGACGGCUCCUUCCACCGGGUCUCUCUGCUGACCGGUGGCUUUGCAGCGUUCUCCUCCUGCUUCCCGGGCCUGUGCGAGGGCAAGCCGGCCGUGUCCCUGCCCAUGAGCCUGUCGCAGCCCUGCCUGCCCGUGGCCAACGUGGGCCCCACGCGCAUCCUGCCUCACCUCUACCUGGGCUCCCAGAAGGACGUCCUCAACAAGGAGCUGAUGGCUCAGCAUGGCAUCACGUAUGUGCUGAAUGCCAGCAACACCUGUCCUAAGCCCGAGUUCAUCUUGGAGAGCCACUUCAUGCGCAUUCCUGUCAACGACAACUACUGCGAGAAGCUGCUGCCGUGGCUGGACAAAAGCAAUGCAUUCAUCGACAAAGCCAAGGUCUCCAACUGCCGUGUUAUCGUGCAUUGUCUGGCUGGAAUCUCCAGGUCGGCCACCAUCGCCAUCGCUUACAUCAUGAAGACAAUGGGCUUGUCAUCAGAUGACGCAUACCGGUUCGUGAAGGACAGGAGACCCUCGAUCUCGCCCAACUUUAACUUCCUGGGCCAGCUGCUGGAGUUUGAGAAGGACCUGAGGCUGCUCCAGACGCUGUCCUCUGCAGACCAGUCCACAUCUGCCCAGGACAGCUCGGGCCAGUCAGCGGGAGAGCUGGCGGGGCAGGAGAAAGCGGUCCAUAGCGGCGAGGCCCAGACCAAAGAGACGACAGCUGAGGGCCCGGAGGCCCUGGAGUCCAAACUGGGCUCGCCCACGUCCCUCCAGCAGGGCUUCAACGGGCUCAACCUGUCGGCCGAGCGCAUCCUGGACACCAACCGGCUCAAGCGCUCCUUCUCGCUGGACAUCAAGUCUGUGUACGCGCCCAGCAAUGGCCCCUCGCGGCCCCCACCCGCCCACUCUGACGACGUGCCCAAGCUCUGCAAGCUGGACAGUCCCGGCGCACCCAACGGAGUGUGUGCUUACUCCCCGGCCUCGGACAGCCCCGGCUCGGCGGGGUCGCCCAGUGUGGUGGUGGGGGGAGUAGGGGGCACCGGUGCUGCGGAGGGCCGGACUCGCUCGCGGCGAAAGUCCAAACACAGCGGCAGCAGCGUGGGCAGUUCGCCGGUGCACGCCCUGGGCCUGGCUCGCGGUCAGCCCGUGCACAAGAGCCCUAGUCUGGACCUGGGCCUGCAGCAGCCGGGCCUGCUCCUGGGCCUGCCCCCUCUGGGCGCCGGCCCCAUGUGGACCAAGCACCGGGACACAGUGCAGGCCACCACACCGGUCACCCCCGUCACGCCUACUGGUGACGUCCCCUGGUUCUACGGCGGCUCCGAUUCUUUAAACGCCAGCGGCGUUGGCAACGUUGCCAGCGGCAGCACCAACGGCAGGGACUUUGGUAGUGGUUCAGUCUACGCCGCGCUGGGCUGCAGCAGCCUGCCGAGCGGCUGUGACUUGACCUCCACGUCCUCCUCGUCGGCCGCCUCUUCCUCGUCCGCGUCCUCGACGUCCGCGGUGUGUCUUCGGGAGAAACCGGGAGAGCUGCGCGACGCCAGGGCCAGCUGGCACGAAGACGCCACCUCUGCCAGCGCCACUACCACUGCCUCCUCCAGCGCCUCCGACAAGCAGUUCAAGCGGCGGAGCUGCCAGAUGGAAUUCGAGGAGAGCAUCUCGGAGACGCGCUCCUGCGAGGAGCUGGGCAAGAUCGGCAAGCAGUCCAGCUUCUCCGGCAGCAUGGAGAUCAUCGAGGUGUCCUGACAGACAGGGGUGGGGAAGGGACUUAUGGGUAAUUUAUAAUGCACAGAAGCUUUUUUUUGUUCUGUUCGGUUGCGUCGGAGAUCGCAUCAAUGCCACCUGUGACUUUUGACAGACUGACGACUUCUAACGGCACAUUUCUGGACAGCAAGCGAAAGAGCUCGACAGAAUGAACUGUCUGACGUGGCACACAAAAUCGGUCUCUGUGGGUGAAGAAGCCCUGGUUGGCCAUGGAUUCUUCUGGCUCCAGCUCCUGCCAUGCUUGUGUCCAUCAAGGCAUCCAGGUGUCUCUCUAGAAAGCCCCUCUCUCCCCCUUCUCACCUAUUGGACUUUGGGCAAAUGCCACAGUGUCGUGAAGACACACUGCUGUGGUCCUAGGACUCCAGACGACUCCAGGCAUUCAGUGUAUACAAAUGAAGGACAUUGUGUGUGUGUGUGUGUGUGUGUGUGUGUGUGAUUCAGUAACAGUCCACCCUGUCAACCAAAAGCAGAUGAGUCUCAGUAGACAUCAGGCCCUUUUAUGAAAGGAAUGCAUUAAUGGCCUGAUUUUUCCCAUGAUGCAACCCUGACUCAUGUGUUUCCCCAGUAUUAGCAUUUACCUAGCUAGCUGUGGUUUUAUGGGGUUUGGGGGGUGGGUUAAAGGGGGUGGGGGUGAGGGUCCCCCUUGUGGUUGGUUAGCAGCACGGCACCUCCUCCCUGAUGUCAUCUUCCCCUAGCACUGAGCAUGCAAAACAGCUGCUGGUCCCCUAUCGACAGACACUAUAUAUCUUCUAUAUAUAAUAGCUAUUUUAAUGGACUGUAAUGUUUCUCCUAGGUUGAAUACUUUUUAAUUUAUUCUAUUUGUUCAUUCUGGUAAUGAGAAAUAAUAUAAUGAUUGUGUAAGGUUUUUUUUGUGUUGAUCUCAUUUUUUUGCUGGAUGGUAUUUAUAAAACACACUUACACAGAGAUACACAACGACAAGCAAUAGCGCUGUGCUUUUAUCUUUAAAUUAUCUUUCCCCACAUUUGUAUUCUUCAGCGGCAAGGGAGAGAGCGCUGACAUGUAAAUGGACUUUCAGCUUCUCCAAGGACAAGUGUCAUCCGUCCUUCUAAAGGGUACCGUGACUUUCAGAGACAUACAGAGUAAUGACACGCCACAUUGUCCUGGCCAACCAAGGGACUGUGGGUGUAGAUGAGUAAUCUUGCACACCUUUGUGCAUGGACCAUUAUUAUGAAGACUGGAACAGUCCCCAUGAACUGAUGGCAAUCUGCAUUCAGUUGAACAUCACUUUUCUUUUGUCAUUGCUGAUUUUGUUGCAUUGUUUGGAGGACAUCUGAGUACCGAAAAGCACAAAGAGAAUAACCCGAGAGGAGGGAGAAAUGGGAACGGUGUUCUGUUCCCCCACCCUUAAAACUUCUGCAUAUUUAUACAUUUAUUUAUUGUGCAAGGGGUGUUUGAGUGUGAAUGAGGGAGAGAAUGAGUGACAGUCAAGCCCUUGACUUCAGACCUUUAGAUUUAUACUCUUAGAUUUUUCUUAGAAACUUCUCAGAAAACAAGAACUUCAUCCUUUGUUAUAGCUAGCCUUAACCGAAAUAAACACUCCUCUGGUAUUACAUCCAAAUAAUGAACAAGCAUAAGCUAUUCGUAUAGUUAUCACGCCGCCCUCUUGGUUGGCGAAAUAGAGGAAGAAAGUCACAAGCUUAACUGCAGACCUGACCCUUGACCCAUGUGCCAGCUGGUCAGAGGCUAUGCCCACCUGCCGUUCUCAGGGGAGCUCCUAGUUCGCCAAGCCCAUAACCAAGCACAGUACUUCAGCACAAACAGUGCAUGUCCCCAUCUCUCUUUCUCUCUCUCUCUCCAAAUUGAUUUCCAAAGGAUUCAAUAGACACACAGUGUACUACAUAGGGGCCUGUCAGUGUAAAUGUGAAUGUUGUUGCUGCCCACGAGGCAAGAGGGGUUAUUUAUUUGUGUACAUUUCUGUUAGCUUUUCUUGAUGGCAAUUUUUGACCUUUUCACGUCUUUUUGUGCUGCUGUAAAUUCAGAUUUCUCCCAUUUCUCCCUGUGCAAGAUAUUACUGAGUCUUUCUUUACUUCUCUGUUUAAAGUUAUAAUUAUUUAAUACAUGAAGAGAUGCAGGAUGUCAUUAUUGCUUAAUUGUUUAUAUUAUUAUUAUUAUUAUUAUUAUUAUUAUUAUUAUUAUUAUUAUUAUUAUGUUGUGUAAAUAGCAACGACAUCUAGAAUUGAUGAAUUUAGGUAUCUUUUUAAGAGAAAAUCCUUAUACAUUAGGCUGCUUGAAGCAAAAUACCUCAGGUUCUAUUGAAAGGCUCUCUUUCCUCCCCUUGUAACUGUUUUUUUGUGAAAAUGAAUCAAAAAUACAAUGAGAAAAUACAAAGAA